GGGGUUGGCUGGGCAUUGGCCGGGCUUAAUGCCCGGUCUCGGGAGAGGAGUUGCAGGGAAACGGGACGCGCUCCGGAGCUGGGCAGGUCGGGCGGCGGGAGAGCGGCCUAGCGCCUCAUUUUCCCCGUCUGGGGCCCACUAGCGAGCGUGAAUGGCUUCUAUAAGAAAAACCAGCCGUCCUGUGCAUGGUAUCUUUGGCGACUUCAGUGAUAUUUCCUUAGAAGAUUCAAAGAUGGAAGAAAUCCAGAACUUGGAAACCAGUAGAAGUCUUACCAAAACAACACCCAGUCCAAGCAGAUUUCUAAAAAGAAACCAGACUAUGGGUGGAAAACACUUACUCCCGAAAGAGAAUGCUUUCCUGGGGAGUGGGCCCUGGCUCUCUUCAGGUAGAGCUUCGACCACUGCCUCUAAGGUCAGGGCCAACGCUGCGCUCACAAAGCUGGCCCAGAUAGAAACCAAGAUCAGGACCCGGAAGGUGCAGAUGGAUUUGUCUGACGUGGAACCUGACCUGAAGACCUCUGAGGACCGGCUUCCUAGCAGAGCAGACGAAAAUCCCCCCAGUAGGACGGUUGACCUUUCUUCACAGAACACAGACAAAACCUCCCAGAAACAGGCCCUUGAAAUUCCUGUCCCUGAGAGUGACAUGCCGAGUGGGAAGGUCAGUAGGUUUCUAAAGAAGAGAGAAUCACCUGUGGAAAAGUUAUCCCCUGAAGCACAUGUUGGGAAAGUGAGGGAUCUUCAAACACCCAAAGAGAAAAAACCUCCUAGAAGACUGGAUCCUCUAGACAGUGAUGAAGAGGAAAUGAAAGAGUUGCUGGGAAGCUUGAUGGAAUCUUCUAGCGAAAAAGAAGCAUCCACAAAUCAGGGUUUCACCAGCCCCAAAGUCAGUGAAAAAGAACAAACAAAACUACUCUCGGAUCAGAUCCCAAAUCAACUGAGAGUCCUUUCGCUGCCCAGGAAGGAUCUUUCCAGCUCAAAGCCAUUUCCGACAUCACGUCUGCCAACCUCACGGUCAGCAGAUGGGACCCUUCGCAGUGCUGGCUCGAGAACUCGCUCCCCACAGAUUCCCAUUUCAGAGGACACAGCCUCCCACACGGCGUCGCUUUCCAUCCCCAGCGCCUUUCUGAAGUCCGUGCCCUCGACAAGGGGGGAUGGCAAGCUCUCGUCCUCCCCGAGAAGGAGUGAGGCUGGGCCUCAGGAUGAGUCUCCCUCAGAAGCCGCUGAUGAAAGUCUAAACGAUUUGAGAAUAAACAUUUUAUCCCUUGAUGAUCUGGCUCCAGCUGUCAGUGAGAAAUCAGCCUUGGAACAGAAAAAAGAAGGUCAGGGGGGAAAGGCAUCCAGCAAAAGCCCCUGGGCUGGGGCCCCCCCCUCUGGAAGCGAGAUUUCUGAGUGUCUGAGCCAGCGGUCCGUCUCGUCCCCUGGACCCAAGGGCACUUCUAGCCUGGGGUCAAAGUCUCAGGAACCUACGGCCAGCACAGUGAGCUCGGCUUAUUCGGAAGAUUUUGAAAAAUCCCCCAGUCCAACAGCAUCUGAGUCGAUGGCCCAUUCUGAGGCGUCUCCUGACAGGACGCUGGCGACUCGGUCUGAAUUUUCUGCAAGCCUGAAGACAGACCUUCCUCCACCAACUCCCAAGUCUCGGAAGAAGUGGGCCAGGGGUGUUACAAGAGUCACGGUGAAGGAGAUGGCUGUGCAGACCCUCGAUCCCGCCUUCACCUACCAGUGGGCUAAGGCGGCCGGCGUAGCGGCCAUCGGACCAGCCCUGGGAGGUGCCUACGUGGACCCCUCGCCCAUCGCCAGCCACGUCGUCAGUGCGGACGCCAUAGAAGCCCUGACAGCGUACAGCCCGGCCGUGUUCGCGCUCAACGAUGUGCUGAAGCAGCAGCUGAGCCUGACACAGCAGUUCAUCGAGGCCAGCCGGCACCUGCAUGCAUCCCUCCUGCGCUCCCUGGACCAGGACUCAUUCCACUACCACACCCUGGAGGAAACCAAAGAGUACAUCAGGCAACACAGGCCCGCCCCGCUGACCAUGGAGGAGGCCCUGGAGGAGGUGAAGAAGGAGCUGUGAACGCCGGGAGAUGGAGACCGUGUGAGAACCGAGCUGUCCCUACCACCUUCCACUGCCAGUAGGCCAAGAAGGGUCCAACAGCCCUCCCUGCCCGCGCCGCGCCUACUUGCACUCGUCCCUGGCCUUCAUGCGGGCGAUGAAGGAAUAGCU